AAAUUCCGUAAUGCAUCGCAUACCUCCGCGGUUACCUUACCUCUAUCCCCUUCUCCGUACAUCGCUCACAUUAGCUGCGCAACGGAGUUCAUGUGCCCACCUUGCAACUUCAUCCAAUCUACCUCCUGUUCAACACAUCUUCAACCGCUCUGUCAAAAAGCGACAACGCGACCGAGCAGCGUUACGAAAAGAGAGUCGGGAUGUGGAUUACUUGAAGGAUGAGGUUGCCGAUCGGUUGGUGGAUCGGUUGCUGGACAUUAAGCGGCGAUUUUCAAAAGUGAUAGAUCUGGGUUCAGGCGCUGGGCAUAUUAUCAAGUUUGUGGAUUCUGAUAUGAUGGACAAACUGAUCAUGUAUGAUAUGUCGGAAAAACUCCUAUAUCGAGACAAAGAUAUUGAAUACGAAGUGCCAACGGAGCGCAUAGCUGGUGACGAAGAAUCCCUGCCAUUCGAAGAAAACUCUGUGGAUGCCAUCAUGAGCAGUCUAAGUAUGCAUUGGGUAAACGAUAUCCCCGGGACGCUGAUCCAAGCACAGCGAGCAUUGAAGCCAGACGGUGUCUUCAUUGGGGCCAUGUUUGGUGGUGACACUCUUUAUGAACUGCGAACCUCUCUCCAACUGGCCGAAAUUGACCGCGAAGGAGGUGUUUCUCCCCACAUUUCGCCAAUGACUGAUGUCCGGGACGUGGCGAACCUUCUUCAACGUGCCGGGUUUAAUCUCAUCACUGUUGAUGUGGAUGAAAUUGCUGUGAAUUAUCCUUCAAUGUUCGAAUUAAUGGAUGAUUUGAGAGCCAUGGGGGAGAGCAAUGCGAUUGCCGCUAGGAAACCUUAUAUAUCACGUGACACACUCAUGGCUGCAGCGGCUACCUACAAAGAGAUUUACGGAAAUGAUGAUGGAAGCGUCCCCGCAACCUUUCAGGUCAUAUAUAUGAUUGGAUGGAAGCCUGAUCCAUCGCAACCAAAGCCAUUGGCCCGAGGAUCUGGCGAAGUAUCCUUUAAGGAGUUAGAACAAGGGUUGACUGCUGGGAAACUGAAGGAGGAUCAAGAUGGCAUUGUCAUCGGCCCGCCACCGUCUCCACCGUCAGGGAAAAAGUAGUCAUCCAUGAGGGUCAUUGCAACAGUAAAUUAUAGACAAGAUCAUGAUACUGAGCAAGGAUUUACAAUCGUCUUGCACCGAUGAUGGAUGUAGCACAGCGCUGAUAAUUCUUGUCUGAAUGAAAGACCCCAACCGCUGGUGCACAUUAAAACGCGGUCAUCUUCUCCUAUA